AUGGAAAGUAACAGACUUAAUGAAAGAAUUAUUGAUUGGCAAAAAUGUAGUCUUUGUCAAUCUGUUACCUCCGAAUCGCUAUUAGAUCCUAUGAAAAGUAAAGCGAUGAAACCUGAACAAUGUUAUGGUGUACUCGAAAAUAUUAUCCUUGAGUUUGAGAGAACAUCAGGAUCUACCCCAGUAAAGGUGGACGUGGCAUUGUUGGACGAAGGUUGCGGAAUCAAGACGACACUCUUGCAACAUAAUGCAAAAUGGCACAAGUCAUGUCGCUUGAAGCUAAAUGCAAAGGCUAUGAAAACACAUUUGAAUAAAUGUGAUCCCGAGCCAGAAUUGGUUACUACUUCUGAAGAUGCCCAGGUAACCACAAGUAGUACAAGAUGUCUUAGGGAAAAACAGACUACCAGUGGACAUAUCGCUAUCUGCUUCUUCUGUGAUGGCGAGGAAACAGCUGAUCACAAGUUUCAUCUUGUAUUAACACUAGGAUUAGAUGCAAAAGUGAGGGAAUGUGCAACAAAAUUGGGAGAUCAGAAACUCUUAGCAAAGUUGAACAAAGGAGACAUGGUGGCUCAGGAUGCUACUUAUCAUAAACUCUGCCUAGUGAAAUUGUACAAUAAAUGCAGAAGAGUACAACCCUCUGAUGAAGAACCUGAGGAGCAUGGCAAGGUUGAAGCUAUGGUUUUAGCAGAGUUGAUUACGUACAUUGAAUCUGCUAGGGGUGAUACCAACUCCCCAGUUUUCAAAAUGACAGACUUGGUCAAUAUGUAUACUGAGCGAUUGAAUCAGAUGGGAAUCGAUGUACAGGGUCGUAUACAUAGCACAAAACUUAAGGACCGUAUACUUACUCAGAUAAACGAUUUGCGUUCCUUUAGGAAAGGAAGGGACAGCUAUCUCGUGUUCGAUAGCGAGCUGGAAGAUGUUAUCCAAAAAGCCUACCAGCAUAAACUUGACGAUGAAGCAAACAUUCUUUCAAAAGCAGCAGCGAUCGUUCGCAAGGAAAUUAAACAAAGUAAUGUCUCGUUUCCAUAUAAAUUUGAAGAGGGCAGUCAACAACAUGCUGUGCCUUCCUCUCUGAUGUCAAUUGUUAGCAUGAUUUUGUAUGGAUGCAAUAUAAAGAAACGUUCAUGUAGUAACUCACAAACUCAACCUGCUUUGACGAUAUCGCAACUUCUUCUUUUCAAUUGCAAAUCCGAACGAUCUAAUCCUAAUGUUAUGUAUCACCAACGAAUUCGUGAGCCACCAAUUGCAGUUGGACUCGGGCUUUACAUACACACUCAUACUCGUCAACGCCAAAUCCUGGAUCUGAUGUUCACCCUCGGGUUGUGUGUAUCAUAUGAUCGUGUACUAGAAAUCUCCAACUGUAUUGCUGAAACUCUCUGUAAUAAAUAUGAGCAAGAUAACCUCGUAUGUCCUCCGAAUUUAUUGAAAGGUAUAUUCACAACAGCAGCAGGUGACAACAUCGAUCACAAUCCAUCAGCAACAACUGCACAUACCUCAUUUCAUGGUACAGGCAUUUCACUAUUCCAACAUCCGCCUCCAAAACAUUCAGGAGAGACUUGGGCCACCUUGGAAUAUCCUUCGAAAGCAAUAUCUAAAUCGGUACCUUAUCUGCCAGACUUUUACACGACUGUUUCCCCUGUAACGCAACUACGGCCAAAUGUGACUCUUCCUUCAGUCCACGGACCUUAUAUAGGUAAUCUUAGUGCUCUGAGAGAAGCCGAAGCAAGAGAAUAUGAUUGGUUAUCCCAUGUGAAGGAUUAUUUGGAUAGUAAUACCGAUGCCGAUGACCGAUGGUUAUCUUGGUCAGCCUAUCAUGCCAACAGUAUUGCCAAUCAGGAAUUUUCUCCCAGUAUAGGUGCUCUACUUCCACUUUUAAAAGAGCCAUCUCACACCCCUGCUAUGAUUGCCCAUGCAUUCCUGAAAGCGAUCGGGUGCUGGUUGGAAGGUAGUGGAUGGACGCAGGUGUUGGUUGAUGCACAGGUUGCUUCUGCUGGAACGGCUGAAUCAUUCCUUACAGCGGGGCAUAUUAUGAGAACUAGGAAAGCUCACCAGGUGACAAUAUGUGCCUUAAAUUCAUUACUCCAGACAGCUUUCAGGGAUGCUAACACGGCUGUUGACGAAAAUUUUCAAAAAUGGUGCGAGCAACGCCAGAAAGAAAGCGCUUUGUUUCAGUAUUGGUACAUAACUCUUAGUCUUGAACUGUUGUUGAACAUGUAUGUGCAGUCACUUCGUACUGGAAACUUCCGAUUAUAUUGUGACUGUCUCACAAAAAUGUGUCCAUGGUUUUUUGCAUUAGAUCGAAUAAAUUAUGCCAGAUGGCUUCCAAUACACUUGAGAGAUAUGGUCAAUCUGGAGCAUACACAUCCCGAUAUUGCUGCCAAUUUUGUUGAUGGCAGUUUCGUAGUACACAAAACUAACAAUCAUUUCUCGGCACUUCCCAUUGACCAAGCGCACGAACAACAUAACGCCAUUAUAAAAGGAGAAGGUGGAGCUGUGGGAUUAACAGAGAAUCCAUCUGCAUUACGACGAUGGACUGUCGCAGGGCCGGAAGUAGCACGAAUUGUAGUACAGUUUGAGAAUAUGAUCGAUUCUUCAACUUCAGAAAAUACCCGGCACCAUGAUGAAAACCAAGCGACACAGCGUCUCUUCGAACAACAAGUAAAGCGUGUUAUUUUUGCUUUCAUGGAACUUGGAAACCCAUUUUGCGAUGACACAGGAGAUCUUAUGAAUAUCGUCACUAAGCAAAGCGUUCAUGAAAAUGUGAAGCAAACCGUUAUGACAAUUGAGGAGGUAGGAUCACAUGAGUUUCGCCAGUAUGUGGAUAAAAGAAUAGAUCGGCGAGUUGAACCAAUUUCUCAACCGAUAAAAAAACUAAAAAUGCCAUUGUUCAGCACUCCGCCACCACGAUCAUCCAAAAGUAAGAGUGUGCUUCGUUCCGUGCGUAAUGAUUGCAAUCUCUUCGCUCGCUUAUAUAUUGGAUGUGAGACACGAGGUGGUGAUCUCAAUGAAUUCUUUCGUCACGAAAAUCAUGCGUGGCCUCCUUCGCUUGCCGAAUAUGGCCAAAUUCGAAUAGCCAAAAAGAGUGACAUCAUAGGAUGCGUGGAGCAAUUACUGCAGGAUCAUGAUGCACCAGAAACUUUGGACGUAGUGCUCAUAGAUGGAGCUGUUGUAGUACACCUGAUCAGACCAACUGAAGCUAUGAAAACUUUCGAAGAUUAUGCUGAAAAAGGAAUCCUUCCAUAUCUGAAGUCACAGUUCAGGCGUACUACGAGACUUGAAAUCAUUUGGGAUACCUAUUUGCCUGGUUCGUUAAAAGCUUCAGCUCGAAAGAAACGAGGAACUGGUAUUCGUACUCGUGUUUUAUCAAAAACACCUCUGCCGAAGAAAUGGCAUGAAUUUUUGCGAAUGGAUGAAAACAAAGAGGAACUGUUUCACUUUCUAAGUUCACAUUUGAGAAACAUAUCGCCUGACGUUGGGACUGUAGUGACAACAAUAGGAGAGGAUACAAUCAGUAAUGUUGAUAUUUGCCUUGAAUCCGUGACUCCAUGUUCACAUGAAGAAGCUGAUACGAGACUGAUGUUACAUGCACAUGCUGCUAUUCAACAGGGAUGUUCACGAAUUCUCAUCAGGACUGUUGAUUCAGAUGUUAUGGUAUUAGGUAUAGCUCUUGCUGCUCAGUACAUCAAUGCAAAUAUCAAACUGUGGAUAGAAUUAGGAACAGGAAAGAACAUACGCGUAAUCUCUGCCCAUGGAGUUGCUUCAGCUAUGGGACUAGAGAGAGCAUCCGCUCUACCAGCUUUUCAUGCAUUGUCUGGGUGCGAUACUGUGUCAGCAUUUGCCACACGAGGAAAAAAAUCUGCUUGGAAAGCAUGGGAAAAAUGCCCAGAAAUGACCCAUGCACUGAUUGCGAUAUCUCGGCCAUGCAAAGAUAUAGAUUCCGAUAUCUUUGACAUCCUUCAACAGUUUGUUGUAAUAAUGUAUGACCAUACAUGUUCGGAAACGGAUGUUAAUGCUGCAAGAAGGUAUCUUUUUACGCAGAAGCAUCGAACCCUAGAUGGAAUACCUCCAACUAAAGAUGCACUUAUGUUACAUGUCAAAAGAGCAGCUUAUCAAGCAGGCCAUGUUUGGGGACAAGCCAAUGUCAAAAAACCUGUGCUACCUUCACCAGGUGCAUGGGGAUGGACGCGUGAUGACAUUGGUUGGGAACCAACAUGGACCACAAUCCCAGAGGCAUUGAAAUCUUGUAUAGAGAUUAUGGCUUGUGCCUGCCAUCAACAGAAAUGCUCAGGACAUUGCAAAUGUGUAAAAUAUCAUGUCCAGUGCACGUCAUUAUCAAACGGCGUGGUUGUAAUUUCUGAAUCUGAUAUCUAUCAGAAAUCCCAGGACGAGGUUCAGUUGUUGUUAGUCGUACCUGUUAUCAUCUGCAUCGUUCCAUUUGGCGAAAUAGAAUUUGUGAGAGGGAUUCUCUGCUGCAGAAGACAGCUAUAUUGA